AUGUCCCUGCCGGUGCAGUUUAGAGCUCUGAGGACCAGAGAGCUGCGAGAGCUGCUGGAUGAUGAGGACAAAAUAAAUCACAUCAUCAGGUGCAGUGAGAAGUUUCAGGGACUGCAGAGGGCUGCAGAGAAGAUGCUGCUCUCAAAUCAAAAAAUGGCCAAAGUCAGUCUCUCUCAAAAACCCACAUUUAGAAAUGCUAAGCUGCUGCUUGCAGUGAAGUACAAGGAACUGGAAAAGCUGAGAGGCAUCAUCCAGGCCAAACAAGAACAGCUUGCAGAGAAACACAGUGUGCAUUAUGCUCGCUGGUGUCUCCUGAACAAGAUCAAUCAUGCAGAGGAGGAGUGUGAGCUGCUGUUUCAGAGGUUUGUUGAGGGGAAAAUGCCUCUGGCAGAUUUUUUGGAUUCCUUUCUCAGCUCGCGCAAAGUCCAACACAUCAGUUUGAUCCUGCUGAAGAAACUCCAGGAAGUGAUCGAACUUAAAUCAACGCAAAGGCUCAGUGAGAUUCAGCAUUUUUCAGCUGGCUUUCCUGAGCAGAUCCUUAACACCUGCCUCCCACUCUGCAGUCUUAGCACGGCCGUGGUCCUACCUGCCUGCUGCCACCCUCCCUUCCUGCUGCCCUUUGGUACCCAUGAGUGCAUGGACGAGGCCCCAGAUGGCCAGCGAGACCCGUCCGUCUUCAGCCGCUGA